UUGACAUUAUGAGUGUCAGCUGAUGUGUACAUAAUUUUGAUUUGUUUUCAUUUGGAGAAAUAUAUUCAGAUUUCUUUCCUUUUCCAUUAUUUUUUCACUAAAAAGGCAUACAAAGUGAAUGCAGAAAUGAGUGCAAUAUUCAAUUUUCAAAGUUUGCUAUCAGUUAUUUUACUUUUAAUAUGCACCUGUGCAUAUUUAAGAUCAUUUUUCCCUAGCAUUAUGGAUCGUAAUAAAACCGGAUUGAUGGGAACAUUCUGGAAAUGUGCCAGGAUUGGUGAAAGAAAAUCUCCUUAUGUAGCAGUCUGUUGUAUUAUAAUGGCAUUCUCAAUAUUAUUCCUUACAUAAGUUAUAAGUAAGUUUGAUUGUUUUAACAUUGUCAUUAUUUUAAGAGAAUUAUAUACAGUCAUAUAAAUUA